CUCGCUUCUCCACUCCGCCACUCAACUCAAAAAUUCAAGUUCACUUUCUCUCUCUCUCACUCAGCGAUAAUAAUAUAGUGAGUGAGUGUACGAUGUCGCUGAGACCUAACGCUCGCUUGGAGGUCCGCCGCAACAGGUAUAAGGUGGCGGUGGACGCCGAUGAGGGCCGCCGCCGGAGGGAGGAUAACAUGGUUGAGAUUCGCAAGAACCGCCGCGAAGAGAGCCUUCAGAAGAAGCGCCGUGAGGGCAUCAAUCAGUUCGCCGUCCCCGUCGAAGCCACCACCGGCAUCGAGAAAAAGGUGCAGUUAGAAUAUCUACCGACAAUGGUUACAAGUGUUUGGACUGAUGAACCAAGUAGACAGCUCGAGGCGACCACCCAAUUUCGUAAAUUACUUUCUAUAGAACGUAGCCCUCCAAUUCAGGAGGUAAUUCAAUCCGGUGUAGUUCCCCGGUUUAUCGAGUUUUUGACAAGGGAAGACUUCCCACAACUUCAGUUCGAGGCAGCUUGGGCUCUCACAAAUAUUGCAUCUGGGACCUCCGAGCACACUAAGGUUGUAAUUGAUCAUGGAGCUGUUCCAAUCUUUGUUAAGCUUCUUGCUUCUCCAAGUGACGAUGUUCGCGAACAGGCUGUAUGGGCGUUGGGAAAUGUAGCUGGUGAUUCCCCAAAAUGUCGAGACCUUGUACUUGGUCAUGGGGCGUUGGGUCCUUUACUUAGUCAGCUAAACGAACAUGCCAAGUUAUCUAUGCUCAGAAAUGCUACCUGGACUCUAUCAAAUUUUUGUAGGGGCAAGCCGCAGCCUAUGUUCGAACAGACAAGGCCUGCGCUUCCGAUUCUUCGACAGCUUUUACAUUCGAGUGAUGAAGAAGUUUUGACUGAUGCAUGUUGGGCUCUCUCCUAUCUCUCUGAUGGAACCAAUGAUAAAAUCCAAGCUGUGAUUGACUCUGAAGUAUGCCCCCGCUUGGUCGAGUUAUUACUUCAUCCAUCACCUUCUGUACUUAUCCCUGCCCUUCGGACAGUUGGAAACAUUGUCACUGGAGAUGAUUUACAAACUCAGUACAUCAUCAGCUACAAUGCGCUACCCUGUCUUCUAAACCUCUUGACCGGUGGUCAUAAGAAAAGCAUCAAAAAGGAAUCUUGCUGGACUAUCUCCAACAUCACAGCUGGAAAUAGGGACCAAAUUCAGUCUGUCAUCGAGGCCAACAUUAUUGGUCCGCUAAUCCAGUUGCUUCAAAACGCUGAAUUUGAUGUAAAAAAGGAGGCUGCAUGGGCAAUAUCAAACGCAACAUCUGGUGGCACUCACGAACAAAUUAAGUACCUUGUGAGCCAACAGUGUAUUAAGCCUCUAUGUGAUUUGCUUGUGUGCCCCGACCCAAGAAUCGUGACGGUCUGUUUGGAAGGGCUGGAAAACAUUCUGAAGGUAGGUGAGGCCGAGAAGAAUUUGGGCAAGACUGGAGAUGUCAAUCUCUAUGCACAAAUGAUAGACGAUGCCGAGGGCCUUGAGAAAAUAGAGAACCUGCAGAGUCACGACAAUAAUGAAAUUUACGAAAAGGCUGUCAAAAUUCUCGAGACUUACUGGUUGGAGGAAGACGAUGAGCCAGCGCCACCUGGCGAUGCUGCUGCACAGCAAGGCUUCCAAUUUGGAGGCAGUGACGUGUCCCUCCCCUCUGGUGGCUUCAGCUUCAAUUGAUUUUUUUUUUUGCUUGUUAUUUUAGGUAUCUAAACGGCAAAUGACUUUUUUUUUUUAUCUUGGAGGGGUGACGAUGGUAAUUAAUUUAUCAAAUUGUAGUGGGAAUGGCUAUCUAUCUGAUUUCCCAAUUUUCUUUUAAGUAAAUUUGUUUUCCCCAUCCCAAUUUUUGGCUCUCCCCAAAAAAAAUUGUUACAUGGCUUUGUUCUUGUUUGUUUCUGUUGGCUAUUCUAUUUUUGUUGAUCCAAACUCUGAUUUGAAACAUAUGUCAGUUUGAAAUUUUAUGUGAUCAUCAGUUUCUCAGUUUUGUUGUACACAUUUAUUCUCAGU